CCCGGCCCGCAGCUGAGUGUCCCGGCCGUGCGCGCCGGGUUCGGGGGCCACACGGCCUCUCCGGCGACAGCACCCAGCCCUGCCGGGUCACCCCAGCCGGUCCUGUGACGGAGUCUGCCCUGCGCCAGGCCCGGUCCUAACAGCCCAGCGGCUCACGGGCGGGGCGCGGGGGGUCUGAGAGGAGCCGCUGGCCUCACCUCUUCGGUGGGACGCCGAGCCGAGUGGGCACCGGGCUGGCCGGCUUCCGCGGGGGUGCGCUGGCAGGGAGCCCUGCAGGUGGUUAGGGAGGUCCGUGUCCAGAGGAAGCGUCCAUGCGGCGAGGACAAGUCCACUGCCUCAGGACGGAAACCCGGAAUAGCCGGCUGGUGUGGCUGGCCGGUCCCCCCAGGACACGGUGGUCUGGGGGCUCAGCGCUGCUGCGCGGCUGGGCACCCCACACUUGUGGGGAGCAGGCGGCCGUCGCUGGGGGAAGUCUGUGUUGCUGAGCCCACAGCCUCUGCCCCGGCUGCCAUGGCCACUUUGUGAGGGACCGGAGAACGGGGAAAGCCCUCCAUGGUGGUGACUCACGGCAGGUUUGGCCACAAGGCCUGGAGUUCUAUUUCUGUUCCACAAGAUGGGCCCCAGUCUAGGUGGCCACCCGAGUACUUCAUUCUGGACACCCUGAUUAGCCAGAGAGCCCUGCGAGAGAGCGUGCUGCGUGUCCCUGUGUUCCAGCCGCCUGCUGGGGUAAGGUCCAGCCUCGGUGGGAGGCGGCGUGGCCACUGGGACAGUGCGGCCUGCCUGGGGCAGAGGAAGGGUCCAGAGGCCGAGAACCAGAGUGGUCUGCAGGAGAGACCACCCUUUGGCUGGGAAAUUCACUGGGGUGCACACCGGGGCUACAGAAACUGCCCUUCAGGGCUGAGAAUCUUGCUGGGCACAGGACAGGCUGCAGGAGGCCCGCCCAAAGCAGCUGCCGGUGGAGGAGAAACACCGAGGGGCCUUGCAUCCACCGGCCCCCUGGCCUUGCACCGCAGGAAGAGAGAAGCAGCUAGCGCCAGGAAGGGAGCCCCCUCCUCUGCCCGGCAGACGUGUUGCUCCAGAGCUCCAGUGAGGAAGCCCCCAGCCAGCUAGCCGGCCAAGGAGAAGCAUCUGCAGGUCUGGCUCCCCAUCAUGAGGCGGCCAAGGAGAGUGAGUCCCCGCCCAGCCCGUACCUACUGCGGCAGUGGCGCUCUUCGACUCCCGAGAUCAGGUCCUAAAAAAUGACACAGCCAGUGGAACUCAGCCACCCGGUCAGCCCGGAGCGCCCCCUGCCCUGGGAGGAACUGGCAGGCAGCAGCCUGUGCCAGCUACUCAGGCACCGGCUUGCACAGGCAGGUCUCUGUCCCCACGGGCGGGGCCACGCUAGCUGACACCACGGGGAGCGGGGUUGCGCCUUCCCUCUGGACUCGGCCAAACCUGCAGAUUCCUGAACAAGACCGACGGUGGUGGCUGUUCCAUAGCAGCAGGGCAGCGGAAGGACGGAGUAGGCACUGUGGGCAGGCCGGGCGCUUGUACUUCCUGGAAUCCUGCAACGUGGCGCCCCGGUCGUGGAACCGGCUGGGGCUGGGGGCUGGUGAGGGGUCGGACUGUUGGGUGCGUGGUGUCAGAUCUCUCCUCGCCCCAUCUGGGUUAUUUUUUCACUGAUCGUGUGCGCUUUCCCAUCAUGUCCAUUUUGUUCAGGCUUAGGGGCACCUGACGCAGCUGUCAAGUCUAAGACCAAAGCCAGAGAGCCUGGCACUGUCCCUCGUGAUGGCUGCCCCCACAACCCUGCUCACCUGACCUCUGGGCCUGCCCCCUCGGGUGCCCAGGGGAAACUGGCACUGCCACCAUCAUUCCUGGCCCACAGAGGGCUUUUCGAGAAUAUGUGGUCCUCACCAAGGGCUCUGGCCAGGCCUCUGUCAGGGCAGUGUGGUUUGGGGACACAGUGAGGCAUUCAGUGAGUGGGCUGCACCUGACAACUCACAGCAGGUCCUUAGCUCCCAAAAUUCCUGGAGUCUUCCCUACCUAUCACACCAAGGGACUUUUGGCUCAGCUCAGCUGUGCCAAGUCCAAGCUUCCAGCAACAAAGGACCAAACGGGGCCUCUGCGGCUCUCGGUGCGAGUCAGCAAAAUCUUGGUGUUCCUGGGGUGGGGCCCGGAGGAGAAGCAGCCUCCCCUUAGCCAGCGACUGCCUCGGUGUGGUCUGCACGGAAGGGGGUGUCUCAGGGAGGAGGGUCACCUGUGCUGGCGGGCCAGGCUUUAUGGGGUGAGCUCGGGGGUGAGCAAGGUCCUUCCCCUCCACUGUCUCGGUCCUCACACGUCCUCGGGCUGCUCCGAUCUGGACCUGAGGGGACGGAGACCCCGCUGUGUGUUGGAAUCCUGCCAGCCCCAGGCUGAAGCUGGGGCACGAUUUCCCGAUACCGCAGUGCUGCCACAAGAAACCAGAUCUCUUAUAGCAGCCCAGUAGAUUUUCCCAUUUUCUGGUUCUACCCUGGAACUGAGAACUUAAAGCUUGUCUUAAAAACGUCAUGUCGGCGCAGGAAGUCUGAAGUUGCCGGCCUGCCCUUCUGACCUCCUUUUAUCUUAAUCACCUCUGUCGAGACCCUCCGUCCUAACCACAUCACAUUCAGAGGAACUGUGGGUUGGGACCUCAGGACCUGCAUUUUGAGGGGACACGGUUCAACCCACCACACACAGAUGAGAUCAUCACUUCCUAUCACCUGUCCUGGACUUCUGCCUCCCAGGCUCUCCUGGAGCGACUUGUGACAGGGCCACUGCAUCACCCGCCUUCACUCGGGACAGCUCUCCGGGCGUUUCAAGCCGAAAGUGUUUAGUACGGAGGUUCGGUGCCUCUAAACCGCGGAUGGACAGGAGCGAAGGGAGGGGCCGCACCACUGGACCCUGGCAGGGGGGCGGGCGGGGGCACAGAGACUCUGCAGCUUGCGAGAAGCGGGUCCUGUCAGUGACCGCGGCCUCCUGCCCUGGGCGUGCUGCCCCAUCUCACCUGCCAGAGCCCCCCAGGUGGCCUGUGACUGCCCGGGCGGGGGCUCAGGAGACUCCUCCUGUGGGUGGACAGUAGCCCGGGAUCCCGACGUGGCCUCCAGGGAGGGUGUCAGUGGGGAGGUGCCGUUUGGGGUGGCCGUCCCAUGACGCGCAGCCCCGGGGGACGUCGGUAUGAAAACAUGGCCCUUGGGCGGGCCACCAUCCACAGGGCCGCGGGCGGCUGGUAGGGUGCUGGCGGCCCGCAUGGAGUGACCCCCGGCCUUGUGGUGCAGAUGACGUAAGCUGCACGCGAGGCACCUGGGAGUGGGCGGUCGGGGACCAGCGCGGGAAGCCGCCGCCUCGGCCCACCUGCUCUCCACCUCCGAGGCCCGGCUCCCCGACACGAGCUCUGAUUGGCUUCCCUCCCUGGGCCAAUCGGCGGUGGCCGUGGGGGGGGAGGGGGCUGAUUGGCUGAGCCGAGUGUCGUGCCCACAGCUGAGCCAAUCCGCAGAGGGGAGGGCGGGGCCCACAGGAGGCAGGCGCGCCCACUCGCGUACACCGAGCGGAGGGAGUUGCCUCCCGGCGCCGACGCCAGGUGUCCCCCGACGCCAGGUGCCCCCGGAUGCCAGGUGUCCCCGAUGCCAGCCGUCCCACGCUGCUGCGUGGGGGCUGUGGGGCCAGGGCGCCCCGCGGAGGCCGAGCUGGGGCUGGCUGGUGCGGUGCGGGGGGGACACGCGCGGUAGGUUUUCAGGGGCCUCGGGGGUCACACCAAGACGGCGCGGAGAGAAAGAGCAGAGCAUGUGGGAUGAGCCGGAGACCAGCCUAGAGCGAGUCCGAGGAAUCCAGGCGGAUCCCUGGGCGGGGUGCGAACGCAGGAACCGGCGUUUCGUCCGCGUCCGUAGUGUGGACGCUGCAGUGGCCACGCGAGCGGCCGCGGGGGUGGGCCCGUGGGAGACCCCAGGGCGCGCAUGCUCGGAAGGGCAGGGAAGGGAGGCGACUCCCAGAGGCUGGGGCUGCAGAGGGGGGACCCGGGAGAGACUGCAGGGGGGGGCCCGGGAGGGGCUGCAGGGGGGACGCCGCCAGGCCCCGCAGGGGUUUGCUCUGCCGGUGACCGCUGCAGGCCCCACGGGAGAGGAGACCGAACCGCAGCAGGUCAGGUGUCCAGACACGGCUCUUAGGGCCUUGAGAAGAACAGACGCGGGUCCGCAGGGGCGUCCACAGCCUUUCCGGAAGCCUCGCGGCUGUGCCGGGCUGCGGUCGGGCCGCGGCGAGCCACCCGGCGGCCACGCGGCGGCGCUGCAGGACAGCCUGGCGGCCGGCCCCCCUGCGGAGUGUCCCCGCGCCCGCAUCUCAGCACUCCAGCACCUGGCACCCAGCAGGCAGUGGCUUCUGGGGGUGCUCGCAGGAAGGGGGGUCCAAGAAGCCCGGGCUACAGUAGAGAGCUUCCUGGACCGGGACUGCCCUGGGCUCCCGGGCUGGGAGAGGUCCGCCCUCUGUCCACUCAUCACCAGUUCCUCCUUUGGAGAUCAUCGUCGCAGACACAGGCCCGUCUACAGCACUGUGAGGGGUGACCGGGAAACCGGCGCAGAGGGACCGGUCGCCGGCCUGACCUGGAGCUGGACUCUGAGACCCUGGCCUCAGUGGGAGGAGGGAUGGGGGGGGUGGCGGCCUGCACAGGGGCGGGGGGCCGGAUGGACAUGUGUCUAGAAGCUGUGGCCUGCGGGGU